CAGAGGCACCAUGCACGGAGACGGACCCCUCGCCAAGGAGGGAGCGGCCAAGGACGACGCCCUCCACGCAGAAUUUGUGCACCCAGGGCGAAGACGUUACUCAGUAUUCAGCAAAAAGAAGAAGGAUAAAAGCAAGAAAGAAAAGGAGCCAUUUCUUGCACCGCCCAUCUCAUACCAUCAAUUGUUCCGGUACGCGACGGGCACGGAGCUGGCGGUGACGGCACUGGGGCUGCUGGCGGCGCUGGCGUCCGCCAUCAUCAUGCCGGCCUUCAUCGUGCUCUACGGCGAGUUCUCCACGCUCCUGGUGGAGCGCGAGGCCAACGCCACGCUCUCCUCCACGCUGCUGCUCGACUGGUUCGGCGGCGGUCGGCCCCCGUCGGACGACUCGGAGGCCGCGCUGCAGGAGGCGCGCAUCGGCGACGCGGCCGCCUUCGGGCUGGGCGCCGCCGCCUUCACGCUGGCGCAGCUGCUGCUGGACGUGGUGGCCGUGACGCUGCUCAACGUCGCCGCCCUGCGCCAGAUCGCCCGCGUGCGCGCGCGCUUCCUGCGGGCCGUGCUGCGCCAGGACAUGGCCUGGUCUUCAGUGAUUUCACUAAUUAAAAGAAUAGCAAAAAUUGAUUUGGACAAGCUCCAAGAGGGAAUUGGUGAAAAACUCGCGAUCUUCACUUACCAGAUGGUGUCCUUUUGCACUUCUGUGAUAAUUGCUGCUGUGUAUGGCUGGAAAUUGACUCUUGUGGUCUUCAGCUGUGCUCCAGUUAUAAUCAUUGCUACAGCUCUUGUAGCAAAGGUUCAAAGCUCUCUUGCUGCCCAAGAACUUCGUUCAUAUGGUGCAGCUGGUGCUGUGGUAGAGGAAGUGCUGUCAGCUGUUCGCACUGUGAUUGCUUUUGGUGGACAGAAGUGUGAAGUGGAUCGCUAUUCUGAAAAACUUCAUCCGUCCAAGAAGAUGGGUAUUAGACGAGGCCUUUUUUCAGGAUUGGGAGCUGCAAUAAUGUGGUUCAUUACUUACUGCAGUUAUGCACUUGCUUUCUGGUAUGGAGUAGAACUUAUUUUGGAAUCUCGUGAGAAUGGUACCAUGGAAUACACACCAGGAAUUCUAAUCAUUAUUUUGUUUGGCAUGCUGGGUGGUGCUUUAAAUAUGGGUAUGGCACUUCCAUUAAUGGAAGCAUUCAAUGUGGCACGAGGUGCAGCAGCCACUGUAUUUGAUGUCAUUGAACGUAUACCGGCGAUUGAUGCUCUAAGUGACAAAGGAGAACGUCCUUCUGAACUAUCAGGAGAUAUAGAAUUAAGAGGAGUGUCAUUCCGUUAUCCAGCUCGACCAGAAGUGCAGAUAUUGCAAGGUUUGGAUCUACAAAUUCAAAGAGGUGAAACGGUGGCUCUUGUUGGUGCUUCUGGCUGUGGCAAAUCUACCGUUUUGCAAUUACUGCAACGUUUAUAUGACCCUGAAGCUGGUUCUGUGCUCUUGGAUGGACGUGAUGUAAAGACUCUGAAUUUGGGAUGGUUACGGAGACACAUUGGUGUGGUUGGACAGGAACCUGUGCUGUUUGCCACCUCUAUUGCUGAAAAUAUUCGCUACGGGCGAGAGGAUGCAAGCAAAUCUGAUAUAGAAGCUGCAGCAAAAGAAGCGGGUGCUCAUGAAUUCAUCUCUAGAUUGCCCCAGGGUUACGAAACUGUACUGGGUGAUCGGGGCACACAACUAUCCGGAGGCCAGAAGCAGCGCAUUGCUAUUGCAAGAGCGUUAGUACGGGACCCCCGUAUCCUUCUUUUGGAUGAAGCAACUUCAGCUUUGGACUUGGCAAGUGAAGCACGGGUGCAAGCAGCAUUGGAACGUGCAUCUCAAGGUCGUACUACUUUGGUGGUAGCUCACCGUCUCAGCACUGUAGCAGGAGCAGAUCGAAUUGUGUGCCUUGCAGAGGGAAAAGUGGUGGAACAAGGAACACAUGCUGAGCUGAUGGCUAGUAAAGGCCACUAUUAUGCUCUUGUUACAGCCAACAGUGAAAAGGAUGGAGAUGAAGCUAGUCAAGCGGCAGAUGAUUCAGAGGAGGAAGAGGAUUUGGACCUGGCAGAUGACAAGAGCAGUCCACUAAGCAGGCAGCAAUCUAUCACAAGUGCUCGAAGUGCUCGUAGUAACCGCAGUAUCAGAGCAAGUAUGAGAGGUCAUCUAAAAGAAUCGACACCAUCCCAGGAUAUUGCAGAGGAAGAAGACACCUCUUAUCCUGCUCCUGUGAGCCGCAUAUUGAAACUAAAUAAAAAAGAAUGGGGUUACAUACUAAUUGGUUGCAUAGCAUCAGCAUUAGUUGGAUCUUCUUUCCCUAUGUUUGCGGUGCUGUUUGGAGAGGUGUUCAAUGUCCUUUCUUUGCCUGAUGCAGAUGACAUUCGCAGCAAGACAAAUGUAUUCAACAUUCUUUUCUUAGGAAUUGGAGUCAUAGCAGGACUAGGCAGCUUUUUACAGUCUUACAUGUUUGGCAUUGCUGGUGUAAGACUUACUACUAGACUCCGCAUCGAUGUUUUCCGUUCCAUGCUGGAGCAAGAAAUGGCUUGGUAUGAUGAUGAGAAGAAUAGAGUUGGUGCAUUAUGUGCUAGACUUUCAGGAGAUGCUGCUUCAGUGCAAGGAGCUACGGGAAGUAGACUGGGAUCCAUUUUGCAAGCCGUGUCAACUCUGUUUGUGGGAGCAAUUAUUGCAUUGGUUUAUUCCUGGAAAAUGGCCUUGGUAGCAUUGGCUUCAGUUCCUGUGGUGUUUGGGUCUGUUUUUGUCGAGUCAAGAGUUAUUCACACCCAAGGACUGGAUGAAAAGUUGGCAGUUGAAAGUGCCACAAAAAUUGCAGUAGAAACUAUUGCAAACAUACGGACAGUUGCAAGUCUUGGUGGAGAAGAAGCUUUCUUGCAUAGGUAUGAACUAGCCCUAUUUGUAUCUGGCAAAGCUGCAAGGAAGAAGUUGCGUCUUCGUGGCAUUGUAUGGGCUCUAGGUCAGACAGCGCCUCUCUUUGGUUAUGCCCUUGCGUUCUACUAUGGAGGUUACUUGGUAGCUGUGGAAGGUCUGCCUUUCAAGAGUAUUAUAAUGGUUGGAGAAGCUCUUAUUUUUGGAAGCUGGAUGCUGGGUCAGAGUAUGGCUUUUGCUCCAAAUUUUGGCACUGCGAAGUUAGCAGCUGGAAGACUUUUCAGCCUCCUGGAUCGCAAACCAUUGAUUCACACAUCACCCUCAGCCCAACCUGUCUCAAAAACUGAGGGAGCUGCUGGAAUUUCCUAUGACAAAGUGCACUUCUUCUACCCCACACGUCCGGGUGUCCCUGUUCUGAGGGGUCUUAAUCUAGAAAUGAAACCUGGCACAACAGUGGCAUUAGUAGGUCCAAGUGGGUGUGGCAAAUCUACUGUAAUACAGUUACUUCAACGUCUUUAUGAUCCUGUGUCUGGCACAGUGUCACUCGAUGAACGUGACACAAACUCCUUACCUUUGGAUGGAUUAAGAGCUCAACUUGGUAUUGUGUCGCAAGAACCAGUACUGUUUGAUCGAACAAUUGCUGAGAACAUUGCCUACGGAGAUAAUUCACGGGUAGUUCCUAUGGAAGAAAUUAUAGCAGCAGCCAAGAAGUCUAAUAUUCAUAGUUUUGUAUCAGCACUUCCUCUGGGUUAUGACACGAGAUUAGGAGGAAAGGGAACCCAACUCUCUGGUGGACAAAAGCAACGUAUUGCAAUUGCAAGAGCUUUAGUACGCAAUCCACGAGUGCUUCUGUUGGAUGAAGCAACAUCUGCUUUAGAUAACCAAAGUGAAAAGGUUGUACAGGAGGCUCUUGACCAAGCACGAGAAGGUCGAACUUGCAUUACCAUUGCUCACAGGCUUGCCACUGUUCAGCAAGCUGAUGUAAUUUGUGUGUUGGAACGAGGUGUUGUGGCAGAAAUGGGCAACCACCAACAACUUUUAUCUCGACGAGGACUUUAUUACCAGAUGCAUCAAAAGUCUCUAGCCUCUACAACAUAGUGGCUGGUUGCCCCAGAAUGUUUUUAACUUGCAUCAAGUUUUGUGCCAAUGACUAAGAUAGUAAGCUUUAUUUUAGCUUUUUGGAGUAAAUGAAGUGGAAUGAGGCCUGCAUUGUUGGGUUCCUAAUAAUGUUGUAGUUGCAGGCUUUGUAGAAACUGCAAGACAGAUUUGAUACUGUAUAAAAGUGCUGGUAUCAUAAGAUGAGAGAUGAUGCUUAGCAUACUUUGUUUUUGUGUUCAUGGAGCCUUCAUUUAAUGUAGUUUCUCAGUCAUCUUUUGCGUGCCUUACAAAUUAAGACUGCAAGGUAGAGUAACACAAGUCAAUAAAUUGUAUCACCAAGACAAGUGUUUUUUUCAACCAGAGAACUUCAUUGGAGCGGACAUGUAUUCACCACUUGCUUAUGAAGGUGUGGAACUGGAAGAUAGCUCAGGGAUGAAGAAGCAAGCAUAGUGUUACUGUAUAUUUUAUGAAUCUUAAGCACUAUUGCUAUUUGUUACUGUGUUGAUCUUUUGUUAUGAGAAAACUUUUCAUAUUUCAUUUUAAAAUAGAAAGUGGCAAUCUUUAUUUAUUACUUUCAAAUUGUCUUCAAUCUUCAUAUUUAUCACCAACAUCUCAUUGAAUUUUUAAUUUAACAAUAAAACCUUUUUUAUAAUAUUCUU